CUUCUCCUUCUCUCUCCGAGGAAACCCUACCCUUCCUCCUUCCUCUCUCCUUUCUCCAGUCCGUUCCUCUUGCUCGCCCAAGGGUUUUCAGUCCUCUACCAAUCCUUCCGCCAUGUCGAGUGCCUUAGAUAUGUCUCUCGACGACCUCAUUAAGAACAACAAGAAGUCCGGAUCUGGCAACCCCAGGGCUCGUGGACGCGGCUCCGGUGGACCCGGUCCGGCCCGCCGCCCCCAGAACCGCGCUGCCAAUCGCGCGGCUCCCUAUGCCCCCGCGAAGGCGCCGGAGACGACGUGGCAGCACGAUAUGUACUCGGAGUCGAGCUUGGGGAUGGGCUUUACGGCACAAGCUGGUCGGGCCUCCGCCAUAGAGACAGGGACGAAGCUUUACAUAUCUAAUUUGGAUUAUGGUGUCUCGAAUGAUGACGUAAAGGAACUAUUUGCAGAGGUGGGCGACAUCAAGCGAUACUCGAUCCACUAUGAUAGGAGCGGGAGAUCAAAGGGAACAGCAGAAGUAGUCUUCUCACGGCGGAUUGAUGCAGUAGCAGCUGUAAAGAGAUACAACAAUGUUCAGCUCGAUGGGAAGCCAAUGAAGAUAGAGAUUGUUGGAACGAACAUCGCGACUCCCGCUGCUCCUCCGCUCCCUCCUGCUCCUGUGAACGGCGCAUUUGGAGCUUCAAAUGGAAUUCUGAGAGGUGGACAAGGCAGGGGUGGAGGUGCCAUUGGACGCCUGCGUGGUGCUGGAGGUGGCGGUCGUGGCAGAAGACCCGGAAGGGGUGGUGGACGAGGAAGAGGACGUGGUGAGAAAGUAUCUGCAGAGGAUCUGGAUGCUGAUCUGGAGAAGUAUCAUUCCGAAGCGAUGCAAACAAACUGAGUGGUUCUAUAAUUAUGCGUUUGGUGUGUUUUUGCAUCUUUAGUGGCCAAUGUGUUGGAUUAUAUCAUCAUCCUGACUUUUCUGUGUCUGCUGGAAUCCUAUGCUACCUGGAGUUUAGGUGAAAAACCUGGAUUACUAUCGAACCUUAGUUUGUGAGACUAUCAGUUUUUUUCUGAUUGUACCUUGAAUUGGAUAUAAGUUAUGGGGUCAAAAGGAUUUCUGUCGGUAGGUCCUAUGCUAUUCAGAUCUUCGGCAUAUGGUACAUUCAAUGGUUCUUAUCUCUACUCCAAUUCUACACAUGGCCAUACAAUUGGAGAUGGUUCCUCUUA